AUGAGGUUCAACGCAGUUAUCGCCGCCUGCAUUCUUGCGGUCACCGUCAGCGGUGCCGCUCUCCCUACCGAGGACGCUGCCAUCACCGACGCGGCCACCAUCACCACCACCGAAGCCGAGAUCACCGAAGCCGAGAUCAUCAAAGCCGCUCCUGAGGAGGACGACUUCUUCGACGACGACGAGCAGUUUGAGAAGCGUGAUGCCGCAAGUUGGAAGUACAACGGAUGGCGCUACCGCCCCUACGGUCUCCCCGUUGGCAAGCGUGAUGCCGAUGCUGAGGCCGGCUGGCGCUACCGCCCCUACGGCCUCCCCGUGGGCAAGCGUGAGGCUGCUCCUGAGGCAGAUGCUGAGGCAAAGUACAACGGCUGGAGAUACCGCCCAUACGGUCUCCCGGUUGGCAAGCGUGAGGCCGAGGCAAAGUACAACGGCUGGCGCUACAGGCCUUACGGCCUUCCCGUUGGCAAGCGUGAGGCUGAAGCUGAUGCUUCCGCUGAGGCGAGGUACAACGGCUGGCGCUACAGGCCUUACGGCCUCCCCGUCGGCCGUUAA